UAUGAUAUUUUAUUAUAAUAUAUAUGAAGAAGGAAAACUAAUAAAUAAUAAAGUUCAGUAAGGAUAUUGGUGUAUCAAAGUAAAGGAUAGACCACAUAUUAAAGGAGGAGGAAAUUAUAAUAAUGGUAUUAAGAUAGGUGAAUGGACAGAAAUUGUAAGAGACAAUCCAUUUUAAUAUCAUUACAUUACUCAUUAUUUCAAUAAUAAUGGUGAAUUAUAUAAUACUGUGGAUAUAAAUUAUUGUGAUUUAUCUUCAGAUGUACUCAAAAUACUAGAAGAAUAUGAAUAACCAAACUUUUAAUCCAAUUAAAAUUCAGUAGUUAAAGACUUAUCAUCAAGAGUCUUUCUUUCACCAAAAGCAUUUCCUAAUGAUAGAGUAAGAUUAGGUUCAUAUUCAUCAAUUGGAAAAUCUAGUAGAAAGUUAGAGAAAUAUCUAUGA